AAAUCGCAAACUACAAUAAUAUUGGUUCAUAGGGUACAAAAAAUACACAAACGAAUUCGCAUCUGCAAUUUUAAAUCGCAAACGAUUUAUUUUCGCAGUGCGCGGAUUGUAGUGUAUUUCUGUGGUUGACAGAUUUGCGAUAAUUUUUCGCAACGAAUUUUUAUCGUAAUGCGCCAAUAAUGCGCGCUUAGCCUUACCCAUUUCGUUUGCACAUUAUUUGUAUUUUGUUACCUAUCGUAUUUUGAUUGACGGAAUAUCACGGUAACCGGUAACGAUCACACCAUAGACAAAAUUAUUGCCGACGAAGUUUAGAAAAAUCGACCUUAUUCUUACUGAACUGUAAUCGUUAUUUGUAGGGUCAUAUGCUGAUACCGUGGGAAUACCAAGGCAAGGUAGAUGAAGUCAAGAUGAAGUACGUCACAGAUGAGCGUACCAUUCUUUGACCAAUCGCUCGCAUUGAAACUGGUACCCUCUCCCUCUGGCGACAGUAGUAAGAAAAGUAACUCAAACUACGAACUCAAAAGACCAAAAGAAGUUGUAAAGAAACUUAAGUUACGGGAACACCAACACAAGGGGACUAAGAGGCUCACCGCCAAUGGUUGUUCCCGCACCUGAAGACCACAUUGGGAGAGUGGAGGGAGAGAGGCUAAUCGGAUGAUGGCGGGUUCGAGCUGGGCGCGUACCUGAACAAGAUAUGUCAAACGCCGAACAUUGACGCGCUGGCGCGCCGCAGCUUGCUGUUCAACGACGCCUUCACCUCUGUCAGCAGCUGUUCGCCCAGCCGCGCGGCGCUGCUGACGGGCUCACCGAGCCACCAGAACGGCAUGUACGGCCUGCACCACGGGGUGCACCACUUCAGCUCCUUCGACAACGUCACCAGCCUGCCUAAUCUGCUGCGCGCGCACAACAUACACACCGGUAUAAUAGGCAAGAAGCACGUGGGCCCGAGCGAGGUGUACCGCUUCGACUUCGAGCAGACUGAAGAGAAUAACCAUAUCGACCAGGUGGGUCGUAACAUCACGCACAUCAAGCUGCUCGUACGCCAGUUCCUCCAAGAGGCUAAUCAACUUAACAAGCCGUUCUUCCUGUACGUGGCGUUCCACGACCCUCACCGCUGCGGGCACAGCGAGCCGCAGUACGGGCCGUUCUGCGAGCGCUUCGGCUCCGGCGAGCCAGGCACAGGCCGCAUCCCCGACUGGACGCCCUGGUACUACCAGUGGGACGAGGUGCAGCUGCCCUACCACAUCCAGGACACGGAGGCCGCGCGUCGCGACGUCGCCGCCAUGUACACUACCAUGUCUCGCCUCGACCAGGGCGUGGGGCUGGUGCUGGCGGAGCUGGCGGCGGCGGGGCACGAGGCGGACACGCUGGUGGCGUACACGUCGGACAACGGCGUGGCGUUCCCCGGCGGCCGCACCAACCUGUACGAGGCGGGGCUGCGCGAGCCGCUGCUGCUGGCCUCGCCGCAGCCCGGCGCCCGCCGCGGGCAGGCCUCCGCCGCGCUCGUCAGCCUGCUGGACCUGGCGCCCACCGUGCUCGACUGGCUCCACGUGCCGCUGCCCGACCACCUCGACUCCAAUGAUAUUUGGGACGUUGACAGACCCAAGAGCUUGCUGCCCAUUUUAGAGAAAGAGCCGCCACCGACGGACGAGGACGCGGUGUUCGCGUCGCAAACGCACCACGAGAUCACGAUGUACUACCCCAUGCGCGCCGUGCGCACGCGCCAAUACAAGCUGAUUCACAAUCUCAACUACGGCAUGCCCUUCCCCAUCGACCAAGAUCUUUAUGUGUCGCCGACAUUCCAGGACAUCUUGAACCGCACGCGCAGCAAGCAGCCGCUACCGUGGUACAAAACGUUGAAGCAGUACUUCUACCGACCGCAGUGGGAGUUGUACGACCUGUACGCCGACCCUAUGGAACUCAACAACCUACACGGGUCGGAGGAGGUGUCGUCGGUGGAAGCGGCGCUGGUGUCGCGGCUGCAGGCGUGGCAGCGCGCCUCGCGGGACCCGUGGCUGUGCGCGCCCCACGCCGUGCUGGAGCGGGGCGCGUGCAUGGCGCUGCCGCGGCCGCUGUAGGCCGCAGUAGGCCGCUGCAGGCUGCAGUAGGCCGCUGCAGGCUGCAGUAGGCCGCUGCAGGCUGCAGUAGGCCGCUGCAGGCCGCUGUAGGCCGCUGUAGGCCGCAGUAGGCCGCUGCAGGCCGCUGUAGGCCGCAGUAGGCCGCUGCAGGCCGCUGUAGGCCGCUGCAGGCUGCAGUAGGCCGCUGCAGGCCGCUGUAGGCCGCAGUAGGCCGCUGCAGGCCGCUGUAGGCCGCUGUAGGCCGCAGU